UGCCACAACAAAAAUGCAAUCUAAUCUGCAAAUCCUCAAUCUCUCUAUUUACUUCUUCUCCUGUUUUCUAAUCCUAAUACAAUCAUCAGUGUUCAAUUUUUUGUUUCCUCUGCAAAUAUAGUUUUUAUUUUUCUGUCAUGGCUGAAAUGAAAGAUGCACACAUCGUAGAAAUCCCAGUAGAUGAAGAGCAUCAACAGAAGCUCUCAUGUGCUUUGGACACAAUCACAGCAAUCCGAAACCAUCCACUCAUGGAGAUCUCUCAGAGUCCAGGCCAUCUUUUGCUUCUCAAGUUGUGGCAAAGAGAGGAACAUCUUUUUGCCCGCAGAAUUGCUCUUAAAGAAUCUAGACUGUACUCUAUCAAAAGAGAGAUUUUUCAAUUUUGUUGUUUCUUUUUUAUCUUUCAUGGGUUUUUCUUCAACAUUUUGUUUACAUCUUCUGUUAGUGCCAAAGAACACCACACUUGCAAGAAAUGGUGGAUACCAUCCAUUGUUUCAGUGUCGACUUCACUUGUGUUUGUGUUUCUGGUUCAGGUUAAGCUUUACAGGUACUGGAAAGUUUGGAGGCAGUUGCAGAGAGAGAGAAACGAUAGCAGGGCACUUACAAGAUGCAUUCAAGAACUGAGGAUGAAAGGGGCAAGCUUUGAUUUGUCCAAGGAACCUCACAUUGGGAGGAGGAUGAAGAGCUCCAGCGUUGAAAUCAAAUGUAAACCUCUAACAUGGUGCUCUCAAUACCUGAUUACUAUUUGUCUUGUUUGCGCUUCAGGUUUGGUAUUUCCAGGCUGCAAUUUCAUUCUCUGUGGAUUUUAAUAUUAUGGCAACGGCUCCAUAUUCACAAGAUAAACUUGGAAGUUGAAGAAGGUUGUUUUGCUUAAGAUUGCAACAGAAAAGAAUCAUCAACAUGAGUAAAGGUAAAUUGCAUCGACAAUCCUUGAAGAAAUUUUGAUACCAAAUGGAGGCUUUGUAGGGUUCUGAUUCCAUUCAUUUGUAAGAGGUCUGUAGAUCUCUCUUGGCUUUCAUUGGAGAAUAACGAUGUAGAUGGAUGCUAACAGCCGAAUCCCAUUUGACUUUUAAUUGGGGAUGAAGCAUCUUGGUCCGAUAAUGAUUAGAUAAACCUUUUGGAGCUAUGAAAUAUGACUCAGAACUCCAGAUAAACAGUGUUUGUAGUGGCGCUUGUGUGUCUGAGGUGAUACAUUCAGCUGCUAUUCCUCAGUUUCAGAGCACGAAAAUAUUUAAUCCUAGAGCAGCCCAGAGUUUGGGAUUGUUGAAGAAAGGAACCAUUUAAAAAGAUCUUGUAACAUGCCGAAAUGCCUAUUUCCUGUGAGAUGGUUUUGAUAUAUAUAUUCUUUGGCAACACAACUUGUGUGCUCAAUUUUUGCUGUACAAGAAGUU